AUGGCACUGGUAUGGCUGCAGCAAACUUGGAAUGCUAACCGUGUAGUAAUUUCGGUGGCAACCAGUGUAGCCACAGCGGCUAUCGCUUACAGCAUAUACAAAGUUAUCUUCAACGUAAAGGAGGAAGAGGCAGACGAAUAUUUUGAGACAAUUGUCCUUUCAAAAGAUCCUCCAAAUAAAAAGAUUCUAGUGAUUGGAUUAAAUGGGGCAGGAAAGACCAGCUUUGUGAGGUGUUUUGGGAAAGGCAACAAAGAUGGGAAAGCCUAUGAUGAGCCUCGACCUACAGUGGGAUUUAAUGUUAAAAGUGUCAACAUGGGAUCAGCUCUGUUUGAUUUCUGGGACGUUGGAGGAUCGGAGGUAUGCCGUGAAUACUGGAAACAAUUUCUCCAGAGUGUUAACUACAUUGUUUGGGUAGUAGAUGCUUCAGACCAUGAGAGAAUUGGUGAAUCCAGAGAAGCCCUUAUCAAAUUUCUACAAAAUGAUCGGGAGAUACGCCCACUUCUCAUAGUGGCAAAUAAACAGGAUUGUAAAGGUGCUAUGAAAUUAUCAGAAAUAAAAAAACAUCUUGAGGUGGAUACGUCAACUGUGAUAAACAAGUCAACUAGAGACAUUGAAAUGGUUGGAACACAGACCCCACAUGGUGGCAAAAGGAAGGGCAUCUGGGCUGCAUACAAAAGCAUUCUGGAAAUGUCUUGAAUUAUUGAGAUUAUUGGAUUCAUACUAGUGUGGAUGGCAGAAUAUGUUACUCAUCAACUCCUUGAUAGAGGUAAAAAAUGGGUAGUUGCAAAAACUGUAUAUGCUUUCUUGAAUAUAUUUUUUUUGGCAAUAGUCAUGCUGACUGCAGACUGCAAGUUAGAAAAGAUGAAUUUGAGAGGGAAAGUAAAAUAAAACUUGCAAAAAAAAAAAUUUGAAAAUCACAAAAUUCGAAAUGAAAAUAUCAUAAUGGAAAGAAAUCUAGGAAGAAGAAUUAUGGAGAAGACUUCCAUAGAUAUCCAGGUUUUACCUGAUCAUGUUGAAUUGUUUGAAUGUUGCUGCAAUAAAAUUUGUUGAGAUAGAAUUAAGGUAAAUUCCUUUAACUGUGAUUAAAAUUUAUUUUAUUUAGAAAGUUUUAUACAGCAGUUUACAUGUAUGUAUAUAAAAUUUGGAAACUGAAUGCAAUAUAAUUCUCAGAAGAUACUGAAUAUG